AAAGCGUCCUAAAUGAUAGUGAAUUAAAAACGGUUUGACGAGUUAUCAGCGGGAACUUCGUGCUGACUUGAUGCCUGAUGUUCUUAAAGCGGCAAAUAGUGACUCUCUCCUGAAAUUCACUUGUAGACCUCGCAAGCGUGAAAAGUGACUGAGAGCACCAGAGGGUUAAGAAACAUAAUGAUGACCUACAGCUCACGGGAAUGAGAAGUUUCCUCUAGAAGUCAUACCCUUUAAGCUAUGCUUGCAGUCUUAGUCUGAACUUUUGAAAACCCUCGGCAGUUACAGUUGACAUUUGAGGAAGUAUCACAAAAGUACCAGAAUGGCUGACUACAACACCGAACCAUCAGCACCUAGCAAACUCAGUGAAGUUCAGGAUCAAGUCAAUGAUGUUAAAGUGAUUCUCAAAGACAACAUCAACAAAGUUCUGGAGAGAGGAGAGAGGUUAGACGACCUGAUCGGCAAAACAGAUGAUCUACAAGCUACGGCUGACUCAUUUCAAAAGACGUCCACGCGUGUUGCCAGAAAGAUGUGGUGGAGAAACACCAAGAUGAUGAUUAUAAUUGGUGUGGUAGUGCUUGCCAUCAUCGUGUUGAUCAUUUUGUUAGCUACGAAUGUGAUUCCCACAUAAAUACAAACAGUUUCAUAGCAAAAAAAAAAAAAAAAAAAAAAUGAUGCAUUUCAAUAAUUUGUAUUCCUACAGGCACACACAUUAAUUACUUUUUUUUUAUUAAUACUAUAACCUGGAUAAGUAACUAUGUAACUGCUUGGAUUUAUGUAUAGAUAAAUUGCUGUUUUUGUUAUAAUGACAUUUCAUAUGAUAUUUUAUAUAAAUCUGGGACGAAUGUGUCUGGGAUUCUAUAGAUAUGCAUUGUUUUUUUAAGGUAUUAUAAUAAUAUUAUGGGACUAAAUACAGGAUAAGCCAUUGUAACUGUAAAUGUUUUAGGAUUUAUUUACUUUGAGAGUAACCUCUGUGCUUGAUAUGUUCAUCCCAAAGACAUCAAAAACUUUUCAAUUACAUUUAAUUAAAAUAAUAAUAAUAAAAGAUUUAAUAAACUGCAUACCUCCAGUAGACCUUCAAGUCUUCAGAAUAGCUUAAAUGUUGUAAUAUGUUAUAUGACAAUGACUCAUAUGAUUCCUGGAAUGUCUCUGCAUGCUUUAACUACUGUGAAACCACUUUGUACACUCAUGACACUGAUUAUAUACCUAGACAAAGUACAUGUUCUGGACUGGGUUUAGUUUUUUGACAUCUUUAAGUUUAAAUUCAAACUCCUACAAUGUAUCUGUCAAUGUCUUUGUCAAAAGGAUAUAUGACCCUAUACAUAUUAGGUGCAUCCCAAUUCGCAUACUUAUGCACUAUUCUAUGCAGUUUUGUAGUAUAAAUAGCCUGAUUAGUGUGUUGUUCACUAGCCUGACUUCGUCAUACUCAUAUUCUAGGCAGAAUGAACAAAAAAUGUUGUGGGCGGGGUUCGGGCUGGCACCCAGGCUAGUUGUUCACACUGAAAAUUCCAAAUAGAAUAAGUGCACUUUAAAUACCCAGAUGAUGCAUUUAACUAACCGAAGAGUAAGUGUUGGACACUUCAUACACUCAACUGUCACAGCUUUAAUUAUGUUGUGGAGGGGGGAGGGGCUAUCAGACUCAGAUGAGAAAAUAUAUGGUUGAGUACAUAGUGCAUAAGUACAUAAUGCGUCAUUUGGGACACAACUAAUGUGUUCUAUAAAGGAAAUACUGAUUGGCAUGUACUUCUAUUGUAAUAUAUAUAUAUAUAUAUUAAUAAUAACAAAUAUUUGAUGCAAAAGUUAAAUUACUUGGUUCCUGGAAACAUUAUGAUGAAAGAAAUUUACAUUUUCAAUAUACUGAAAGAGAACGGGGGCUGUUAAACAACAAAAUGGUCACCAUAAAAGUAUAGUCUACAUUACUCAUGUGCCUGAAGUCAUUUUUAAUAUCGCUUCAGAGGUCUUGGAAUAACACACAAGUCAUACGGACUACUUUUAUGACGCUUCUUUGUUGUUUCAGAGCUGGACUCCAGCCCCUUUCACUUUUAUUACAUUGAAAACAGCAGCAAGGAUUCACCUUUUGUGUUCCACUGAAGGAAAAAACACAAAGCCAUAUGGGUGUGAAAUGACACGAAGGCAAGUAAAUGACGACAAUCUUCAUUUUUGGGUGAACUAUAACUUUAAUCUCUGAAGAAAUAACAGGCUUAAGUUUCAUACAAUUUAUUUCAUAGUAUUUUUCAAUGGUUUACAUGACUCUGUAGCAAAAUACUGCAAUAUGAAAUGAAUAUUAAAUGGCCUACACUCUGUAUGCACUUGUAAGCAAUAAAUUAAUAGACCUGUAUACAAA